ACGAGGAACGUAGGAAAAACCGAAAAAGCAAAUCUUAUAAAACAUUGACAACCCACCAUCGAUGGUCAAAAACAUCGAACAUGCCUACUAUCGAUGCUUAUACCUAGUCGAAAGGAACUUAGCUUUACAGCGGCGUUUUCAGAAGUUAGGACCCAUGUUGCCGGUAUUUGUUUGGGUUACGUUUCAUCAACGCUGAUCAACCUUACUGUUUUUUUUACUCAAGGAUGGAUGCCGAUCUUUACGACGAGUUUGGCAACUACAUCGGGCCGGAGUUGGAAUCGGACGACGACGACGAUGACGAUUUCCAGGAGCGUGAGCCCGAAGGAAGGGACUACGACGAUGAAGGAGCGGAAAUGGAAGACGGCACCGAAGAAAUGGAAAACAACACGAUGCAGAUCGUUCUGCACGAAGACAAACGUUAUUAUCCAUCAGCUGCGGAAGUGUUCGGACCGGACGUUGAGACGAUAGUACACGAGGAGGACGACCAGGCUCUCACAGUCCCUUUGGUGGCUCCGGUGAAAAAAAAGAAGUUUCAAGUCAAGGAACAAGACUUGCCUGACACCAUCUACAGCAUGGAAUUUUUAGCUGAUAUGAUGGACACUACACCUUUGAUUCGUAAUGUCUGCCUUGUGGGGCAAUUGCACAGUGGAAAGACGACAUUAAUGGAUUGUUUUGUCAAACAAACCCAUCCUGGAUUUAAACAAAUGGCCGUUGAAGGCAAUUUGAGAUACACCGACACUCUUUUUACUGAGCAGGAAAGGGGUGUUAGCAUCAAAGCAACACCUCUUACUCUACUUCUUUCUGAUAUUAAAGGAAAAUCGUAUCUUAUGAAUAUUUUCGAUACACCAGGACAUGUAAAUUUCUCCGAUGAGGUCACUGCGGCUAUGAGAAUGUGCGAUGGUGCAGUGAUAUUUGUGGAUGCUGCUGAAGGUGUCAUGUUAAACACAGAUCGACUUAUAAAACAUGCUAUCCAGGAAAAGAUGGCAGUCACUCUUUGUGUCAACAAAAUCGAUAGAUUAAUUCUAGAGCUGAAACUUCCACCGCAAGAUGCCUAUUAUAAAAUCAGGCAUAUUAUCGAUGAAGUCAAUGGACUUAUUACGAUGUAUUCUGAGGAAGGUAAAGCAAACAUCGUUUCACCUAUUGCCGGAAAUGUAUGCUUUGCAUCGUCGCAAUAUAACAUUUGUUUUACUCUGAGGUCGUUUGCCUACUUGUACUCUCAAACGUAUGAUGGUGUGAAUGUAAAAGAGUUUUCUCGUAGACUGUGGGGUGACAUUUAUUUCAAUACUAAAACGAGAAAAUUUUCCAAAAAGCCUCCUCAUGGAACAGCACAAAGGAGUUUCGUUGAAUUUAUUUUAGAACCCCUCUAUAAAAUAUUUGCCCAGGUUGUUGGUGAUGUUGAUAGCACACUCCCUAAAGUGUUGGAUGAGUUAGGAAUCCGUCUGACCAAAGAGGAAAUGAAAAUCAACAUAAAACCAUUGCUUACACUUGUGUUUUCCAAAUUUUUUAGUGACUUGGGUGGUUUUGUUGAUAUGUGUGUCGAACACAUUCCCUCUCCUUGUGCAAACGCCAAGAACAAAGUCGAGCACAUUUAUACAGGGCCGACAGACAGUAAAAUCGUUAAAGAUAUGUUUAAUUGCAAUGCUGAAGGUCGUCUGAUGGUACACAGUACAAAAAUGUACCCCACUGAUGACUGUACCUUUUUUCAAGUGUGUGGAAGAGUUAUGUCAGGAACGUUGUACGCUGGUCAAGAAGUUAGAGUCCUUGGGGAAAAUUAUACUCUAAAUGACGAAGAAGAUUCGAGGAUUCUAACUGUUGGGAGAUUAUGGAUAUACGAAGCCAGAUAUAAGGUGGAAGUAAAUAGAGUACCAGCAGGAAAUUGGGUUCUAAUUGAAGGUAUCGAUCAGUGUAUAGUCAAAACAUCAACAAUUACAGACCUUGUUCUCAAUGAGGAUGUGUAUAUAUUUAAACCGUUGAAAUUCAAUACCCAGUCUGUUAUAAAAAUUGCAGUUGAACCUGUAAACCCAUCGGAACUCCCGAAAAUGUUAGAUGGUCUCAGGAAAGUCAACAAAUCUUAUCCACUUUUGGCAACAAAAGUUGAAGAAUCUGGUGAACACGUCGUACUCGGUACCGGGGAGCUUUAUCUAGACUGUGUUAUGCAUGAUCUAAGGAACAUGUACUCUGAAAUUGAUAUAAAAGUAGCUGAUCCCGUAGUUAGUUUCUGUGAAACUGUAGUUGAGACGUCAUCGCUCAAAUGUUUUGCUGAAACACCAAACAAGAGGAAUAAAAUUACCAUGAUUUCUGAACCUUUGGAAAAAGGCUUGGCUGAAGACAUUGAAAAUCAAGUUGUUAACAUUAAUUGGAACAGAAAGCGUCUUGGAGAAUUCUUUCAAACCAAAUAUGAUUGGGAUUUACUCGCUGCGAGAUCUAUUUGGGCAUUCGGGCCUGACAGCACAGGACCGAAUAUUUUAGUAGAUGACACUCUUCCGUCUGAAGUCGACAAGACUUUAUUAGGAUCGGUUAAAGAUUCCAUAAUUCAGGGCUUCCAGUGGGGUACAAGGGAAGGUCCGUUAUGCGAAGAACCAAUUAGAAAUGUUAAAUUUAAAAUUCUCGAUGCUGUUAUUGCUCCUGAGCCACUUCACCGUGGUGGUGGUCAGAUUAUUCCCACUGCAAGAAGAGUAGCUUAUUCUGCUUUCUUGAUGGCUACUCCAAGAUUAAUGGAACCAUAUCUCUUCGUUGAAGUGCAAGCUCCAGCAGACUGUGUUUCUGCUGUAUACACAGUACUUGCAAAACGAAGAGGUCAUGUAACGCAAGAUGCCCCAGUGCCAGGUUCACCAUUGUACAUCAUAAAAGCCUUUAUACCGGCCAUUGAUUCAUUUGGUUUUGAAACAGAUUUGAGGACACACACGCAAGGACAGGCAUUUUGCCUUUCUGUAUUCCACCAUUGGCAGAUUGUUCCUGGUGAUCCUUUGGACAAAAGCAUCGUUAUCCGCCCUUUGGAGCCCCAACCUCCGACCCAUCUUGCUAGGGAGUUUAUGAUUAAGACAAGACGAAGGAAAGGUCUGAGUGAAGACGUUUCCAUUAACAAAUUCUUUGAUGAUCCUAUGUUGCUCGAAUUGGCUAGACAGGAUGUGAUGUUUAAUUAUCCAAUUUAAACUACAUAUACAACUACAAAUGUUUUGUAAAUAAAUAAUUAUUACUUACCAUUUUUAA